AAAGGCAUAUACAUUGUGGGAAUUAAACAGAAUUUUAAUGAAAAGAUGAGGUCUAUCCAUCACCACCACCACCACCAUACACCACCACUAUCCACCCUCUCAAAAUGGUCCUCUAGACAUACACCACCACCGACCGGAGUUUUACGACGACACUUUCCUAACCAUGUGAGGACUAAACCCAUGGCUGUCACCUCUUCUCAUCUGGUGGUUCUUACUGUCAAUUCACCCGCGGCUGCCGGAGAUAUCUCAAUCUUGAUUCCCACAAGUGUCGCGUUCAUCUUUCUUUACUGGAUCGCCAACUUUGUCGUACCAGGAAUUAUCAUGAAGGAUCUCCAAGCAGACGACGCAAAUAAAGAUCAAAACGCUAACGAUCAAAAUCUUAAUUGAUUUCACAACUCCAAGUUUUCAUUCAUGUAACGGUCUUUCAACAGUAAUUUACAGUUGGUUUCUUUUGGAUAUGAAAAAAAAAAAACAAAAUUAAAUUUA